AUGGCACCAUAUGUACCCACAUGGCCAUUGUAUGAGGAAUGUAUGUUUCUGGCAGACCAUAUUGUUGCACGCAAAACGUCAAGUAGCUACAGUACGAAUGCUUUGCCAAAAAGUCAGACGGCUACAGUUGUGAGGCCCAAUUUUGAAGCUGACAGAGCUUCACCUGUGUUUGCCCGACCCUCUCCCUCACCGUCGCCACCUGUAUUCAGGUCAACUCCAGCCCGACCCUCCCCCUCCCCUUCGCCACCUGCAAUUAGGUCAAUUUUGUCACCUCAAACUUCAGAGUCGCUGUCGCCGUCUAGUAUGUGGAGCAAUGUUGAAUCUGAUGCUUCUAAUAGUCAGAACUCAGCUGGGCAGUCACUUGCAAGUACAGAAGAAGGAGUUUCAGUUUCUUCAGAUGUGAGCUCGGCGUCUGAAUCUAUUAUAUAGACCAUAAAAACAGCAAAAUUGAAAGGAAAACGCACUGUUCCCCCGCCUGACAAUUUUAAUGUAAAGAAGAAGAAAGAAGAUGAUGCUUUGGCUCAGGCAAUUCUGAACCAAACAAGUGUUUUGUCCUCUAUGACAGCUAAACUCGACAAGGAUAUAAGUAUAGCUACCUCAGAUAAUGUUGCUAAUCUUAGUAAUAUUAGUCCAAUUAUGAGUGCUGUUUCCUUUGCUUUACAAUCUGUGCCCCGAGAGAGGCACCUUGAAUGUAUGAUGGAAAUAUUAAAAAUUAUAACUGAAAAGUAUGCCAAACAAUGA